AAGCUAUGAAAAACACUUCGGGAGUGUCUUAUUGAUUAGCUUGUUUGACACGAACGUUGUUGUUGUUGUUGUUGUCAUCAUCUUUGUCGCUUAAGUUUGUAAGCUUCACUGAACACUCCCAACUCAAUGCUUAGAGCAGCGCUUCAUCGAAGUGCCACCAUGUUUUCCUCUGCGUUUUCAACGACGCUCAGAAACCCUAACUUGUUACUCUUCACUUCAACUCCAACCUCAACUCAUGCUGCUCUUCCACCCAACACUGUCUUCUUCUCUAAUCGCCUCUCCGUUCGAUGCUACGCUGCUCGUGCCACCUUCGAUAGAGUUUCAGUUCUCAAUCCCAUUGUUGAAAUGGACGGUGAUGAAAUGACGAGGAUUAUAUGGAAGAUGAUAAAGGAUAAACUUAUAUUUCCUUACCUGGAUUUAGACAUAAAGUAUUUUGAUUUGGGGGUUCAGAAUCGUGAUGCCACUGAUGAUAAAGUUACUGUAGAAAGUGCUGAAGCUACUCUCAAGUAUAAUGUUGCCGUGAAAUGUGCAACUAUAACUCCUGAUGAGACCCGAGUCAAAGAAUUUGGACUGAAGUCUAUGUGGAGAAGUCCCAAUGGCACAAUCAGGAAUAUUUUGAAUGGUACUGUUUUCCGUGAACCCAUAAUAUGCCGCAAUAUACCCAGAAUUGUUCAGGGAUGGAAAAAACCCAUAUGUAUUGGUAGGCAUGCUUUUGGUGAUCAGUACCGUGCUACUGAUACAAUAAUUAGAGGACCGGGGAAGCUUAAGCUGGUAUUUGUCCCAGAAGAUGAAGAUACUCCAAUGGAGCUUCUUGAUGUUUACAAUUUCAAAGGUCCAGGUGUAGCGCUUGCUAUGUAUAAUGUUGAUGAGUCCAUUCGAGCAUUUGCUGAAUCAUCAAUGUCACUGGCAUUUGCAAAGAAGUGGCCACUUUACUUAAGCACCAAAAACACAAUUCUCAAGAAAUAUGAUGGCAGAUUUAAAGACAUAUUCCAAGAGGUUUAUGAAGAAAGGUGGAAGCAAAAGUUUGAAGAACACUCGAUAUGGUAUGAGCAUAGGCUAAUCGAUGACAUGGUGGCAUAUGCUCUCAAGAGUGAAGGUGGAUAUGUUUGGGCUUGCAAGAAUUAUGAUGGUGAUGUCCAGAGUGAUUUACUUGCUCAAGGAUUCGGCUCAUUGGGUCUCAUGACUUCUGUGCUGUUAUCUUCUGAUGGCAAGACAUUAGAAGCUGAGGCUGCUCAUGGAACUGUAACACGGCAUUUUCGGUUUCAUCAAAAGGGACAAGAAACUAGUACAAACAGUAUUGCUUCCAUAUUUGCAUGGACACGAGGACUGGAACAUAGAGCCAAGCUGGAUAAUAAUGAAAGAUUACUGGAUUUUAUUCGUAAGUUGGAGACUGCAUGUGUUGAGACCGUUGAGUCAGGGAAGAUGACCAAAGAUCUUGCAAUUCUGGUUCACGGACCUAAGGUAUCAAGGGAAUUUUACUUGAACACCGAGGAAUUUAUUGAUGCUGUGGCACAUAAUCUUGAGAUAAAACUCCAAGAGCCUGCUGUGGUCUAAAUACUAUUUUUUUUUUUUGCUGAGGGGAGGAGGAACUGGAGUUGGAAAAGCUAAAUAGUGGUUUGAUAGAUGCCUACUUUUUUACCAUUGGUAUUGAUAUUGAUAUUGGUUGAAAUCUUGGGGACCUAGAGUGUCAAAGGAAAAAUUUGAAUAAGGGUGCCUCUCCUGACAAUUUAACCAUUGAUUUUUUGACUUUGUCUACUGGCUUUCCCAUUCU